UGGAGGUUUUCAGAGCUAAGGGGGAGGAGAGCUUGUUCAUCAGGUCCCCUUUAAGUUCCUCUCCCCUGCAGCCCCUCCUCAUUCUGAAGGAUCAUGUCGCUGCCUCCGCUCCUUCUCGCUCCAACUUUGUUUCGUUUCUGAACGUUAAAGAAAAUCCCAGCAGGUUCUUUUUUUUUUAUCUUUGUAAAGUCUGUGAGGGAGGAAGAUGCGGUCUGGAAGGACCGGGAUUCGGAUUAACCAGCACUGCUUCUGACAGCUCAGCUCCUUCGACAAUGUCCCAUCUCUGAUGAGACGAUGACAACGCACACCCGGGGUGCCCCCACAGUUUUCUUCAUAAGUCUUCUGUGGCCCCUGCUUGCUACAGCAGAGGUGGACCCCAGUGGAAGGAUUCCUUUCAUGGGGGGCAACUAUGAGGGUCACCCCAUGCUGUACUUCAGCCAUGGAGACGUGGAGGAGCUGCAGUACGCCUCGGCGGGGACCCACCGGGAGAUGGCUCGGAGAAUCCGGGAGGCUGGGGAGACCAUGCUGGAGCACCCGGAGGAGUACCUGCCCCCCUGGAGCCCGGCUGAGUUCAGCGCCCGCUGGAACGAGGUGUACGGGAACAACCUGGGGGUGCUGUCCAUGUUCUGCCUGCUGUACCCCCACAGGGCCGGGGCCCUGGACCUGGCCAAGGACUACAUGGAGAGGAUGGCGGCUCAGCCUAGUUGGUUGGUCAAAGACGCCCCCUGGGAUGAAGUUCCUUUGGCACACUCUCUGGUUGGAUUUGCGACGGCCUACGACUUCCUGUACGAGUACUUGAGCAAAGGGCAACAGGAGCACUUCCUGCAGGUAAUCGGCAAUGCGUCGCGCCUGAUGUAUGAGAAGUCCUACGUCCGAGGGUGGGGGUUCCAGUACCUGCACAACCAUCAGCCCACCAACUGUGUGGCUCUACUCACAGGAAGUCUGGUUUACAUGGCCCAAGGUUACCUUCAGGAGGCCUACCUGUGGACCAAGCAGGUCCUGUCCAUCAUGGAGAAGUCCAUGGUCCUCCUGCAGGAUGUGACAGACGGCUCCCUGUACGAGGGUGUUGCGUACGGGAGUUACACCACCCGCUCUUUGUUCCAGUACAUGUUUCUGGUGCAGCGUCAUUUUGCCAUCAGCCACUUCAACCACCCCUGGCUGCUCAAACACUUCGCCUUCCUCUACAGAACCAUCCUCCCUGGAUUUCAGCGAACCGUAGCCAUAGCAGAUUCCAACUACAACUGGUUUUACGGGCCAGAGAGUCAGCUCGUCUUCUUGGACCACUACGUGUUGCGUAACGGCAGUGGAAACUGGCUGGCUGAUCUGAUUCAUCAGAACAGAGUGCUCGAAGGACCGGGACAGGCUGGAAAAGGCCAGCGGUGGUGCACGCUCCACACAGAGUUCAUCUGGUAUGACCCAGACCUGAUCCCCAAACCUCCGCUGGACUUUGGAACAGCUCAGCUCCACGUCUUUGAGGACUGGGGAGUGGUGACGUUUGGCAGCGCUUUACCUGCCGACACCAACCACUCCUUCCUCUCUUUCAAGUCAGGAAAGCUCGGUGGGCGCGCCAUCUUUGAUAUUGUGCACAAGAAUAAGUACAAAGAAUGGAUCAAAGGAUGGAGGAACUUUAACGUCGGCCAUGAGCACCCUGACCAGAACACUUUUACCUUUGCACCCAACGGCGUCCCCUUCAUCACUGAGGCCCUGUACGGACCCAAGUACACGCUGCUGAACAACGCGGUGCUGUUCAGCUCGGCCAUCUCAGGGAGCUGCUUCAAGCCGUGGGCCGGACAGGUCACAGAGGCCUGCGACUCCAAGUGGUUGAAGUACAAGACAGGGGUCGCAGCUGACGCUCAGGGCAGAGUAGAGGCUGCUAUGAUUAAAGAAGGGAUGGUCUUCAUCCGAGGCGAGGGACAUUCUGCUUAUAAUCCAGAACUGAAGAUCAGGAGCUUCCAGAGGAACCUGCUCCUUCUCCACCCACAGCUCCUGCUCCUGGUGGACCACAUCCACCUGGAUCAAGACAGUCCAGCCAGGGCCAUGAGUGCCUUCUUCCACAACACAGAGCUGCCAUUCCAGGGAACUAAGGUAGAUGGAGUCCAUGGAGCAUUUAUAUCCCAUGGCGAGGAGAAAUAUAAGAUGUUCUGGAUGGACGACACGAACUACAGCAACAAGGGGCUGCUGGGAUACUGGAGUUAUCCUCGAGGGUACCCCUAUAAUGGUUCCAACUACAUAAACGUCACAAUGCCUCUAAGGUACCCUCACACGAGGGUGGCCUACAUUUUCUUUGGACCAGGCAUGGAAGUUCAGAGCUUCAGCCUACGGGGGGACAGUCAGAGGGUGGAUGUAUACCUGUCCACUAAGGACCACACCUACACCAUCUACCUGCUGACUGGAGAAGUCAUCAGCAAGCCUCUGUUUGCCAUGGUACUGCUCGACCACAAGAAGAUAAUCUUCGAGAGGGCAGCAGCAGUGGUGGACAGAUCGCCAGAAGAAGUAGAAGAAUACGUAAACGUGAUGGAGGACAACCUCCAGCAUGUCAAGCCCGUCUUCCAGCAGAUGGAGAGGCACAUCCUGGGACGGGUCCUCAACACCGCCAGUUUCCGCAAAACUGCGGAGCGCCUCCUUCAGUUCUCUGACAAGAAGAAGACGGAAGAAGUCAUCAAGAAGAUGUUCGCCAUGUCCAAGAAGCAGAGCAGACUGAAGGGGGGGAAGACGGUGAACCUCGGGGAGAAACUUUCUGAGAGCAUGCCUGACAUUUUUGCACAGAUUGAAGUGAACGAGAAGAAUGAGAGGCAGAGGACUUUGAAGCGUACAUAUGAGGACAGUAUGGAGGAGGGGGACUCAGAUUCACGGGCCUUUAUGGAUUAUACAGAUGCCCGCAGGAACAGGAAGGGUGGCUUUGUCAAGGGACGCAAAUUCAAGGAGGUUGACAUGUUGGCCACAGCGGGGAGCGAAGGUCUUUCCAGCACAGCAUCCUACAUCCGGCUCUUCCUCCUCCUCAACACGGCCACCUUCUUCUUACUGCUGGCCGUGCUGCUGACUCGCUUCCAGCGGGGUCGGAGCCUGCAGACUCAGAGGUGCUUCUACACCAUCCUCCUCAUCGAUUGCUUCAUCCUGCUGUACCUCUACGCCUCCUGCUCCCACACACAGUGCUGACACAUCAACGGCGAACUGAGCGGCCUCAAACCUCUGAGACGGGUCUGACGGCUCAGCGUUAGGGCCACUGUUCAAAAACACCUCUGAGAUUUUAAAUGGGAAAAUGUCAUGCAGUCAACAUUUAUUUAUUUAUCUGAGUGAGUUCUGAAUUAGUCAGAAAAGUUUAUUUAUAAAGCGCUUUUCACAGAUAAAAAUCACAUAGUGCUGUACAUAAAAUGGUCUUAAUAAAACAACAUAAUUCUAUAAAAUAGAUAACAACCAUCAACCCAAAGCCGUCCUCAACAAAAUAGUCUUUAACUUCUUUUUAAAAGAGUCCACAAAGUCAUCUAUACGAAGGGACAGGGGCAAGUCAUUCCAGACUUUGGGGUUAGGGUUAGGGUUACAGCCUGAAAAGCCAGCAGCCUCAUUUAUAAAACUGUGUAGGAUCCCUACUAAAAAUGUAUGUGCACCCAAAACCCAGUGUACCAAAAAAAAUAUUCAGAUUUAUAAAACCAGGUGUACACACAGGUGGAAACAAUUUCCCCUUUAUAAAUCACACUCUUCUUGAAAGAUUGCGCCGGUGAAAUAGGCUCAUAUCCCGCCCCUACACACCCACAUUCUCCUAUAAAUGGUCAUGCAAACUACCUUAUGUUUAUAAAUAAGCCAGCUGAUCUGGCAUGGCAACAGCGAAGACAAGAAAACAGUGAAGUUGAGGUGCUUGCUGGUGAGGUGGAGGCUUGCAAAAACAUUUUAUUUGGGGGUCACAGUAGUGGAAACACAUAAAUAAAAGGCUGCAGUGAUGGCCUGCCCGAUCAAAAGUGUGCCCCGGGCGCAUGGUGCACCUGGAAGUGGCCGAGUGCUGACGGACGCCAUCCUGCAAACGCAGAGACACAAUUAGUGCAGUAAAGGAAGUCUGGGAUGAACUGCAACAUAUUUUUAAAGUGAUGUGUGGUGUUUUAUCUGAAAUCUUUAGCUCAUUAAAAGAACUGCAUGACACCUUCAUGAAGCCUAGCUCCCCAAUAAAACUCUUUAAGUCGGGGAGGGGCCGUGUGUCAGGGUCCUCAUGGUGAAGUGGAGCGAGGCCAGGUGGAAGAGAAAUGGCAUUCAUCAGUGCAACGUUGUGCAGGACACCAAACGCCAUGAUUAUUAUUCUGUAUCAGUUCACUAAAAUAACUGUUGUGUUUUUAUUCUUUUAGAAAGCUGCUAUUACCAAUAAUUUCUGCUAUAUUUGUGCCAUCAUUUUAACUACAGUGUCUCUAAAUGGACAAACAACUCUUUGUUUGAUAGCUGCUACAGCAUUAUUUGGGAUAGGUAAAGCCUUAAACCAGGGCUACUCAAUUCGGUCCUAUGAGGGCCGCAAUACAGCAGGUUUUCCAUGUAUCCCUGCACCAACACACCUGAGUCAAAUUAGGUGGCUCUAACAGCCAAUCAGGUUCUACACAAUGACUCAUUAAUUUGACUCAGGUGUGUUGGUGCAGGGAUACAUGGAAAACCUGCUGGAUUGCGGCCCUCGUGGGACCGAAUUGAGUAGCUCUGCCUUAAACGAACCAUAGAAGAAGGCAGGACACAUGUAGUUACCUGUAGUGAAGCCAUUGCUGCACCGGAGGCCACUAGAUCCACUCACAAGUGAAAACACCUUUAUGUCUGAAGUCAUUACAUUUUAAGUCAUUGCUAUACCCAUCUUUACCACUAGAUAGCAGUAUAUCUUACACACUGUGACUUUAAGAUCUCAUAAAUGACCAUUUUUAUUCUUAUAACAGAAUAUUGCAGCUUCUAUUAUUCUUCAGUUCCUCUAAACUUAGCAGAAAAAGUGUUUCAAUGAGUGUUUGGGGAUCCUUUAGCUUCUUGGUAAUAAAUCUGAUGCUGUUGGAAAGCCUGUUUAUUUUCUUUUUAAAUGGAGCCAUGUUUGUAGUGAAAAUGCAUGUGUGGGAUGAGCAGCAGAGAUGAGCAUGUCAUGAAAAACUUGCCAAAUCUCUGCCAAACAGCUGCUUCUGCUGUUGACUCUUGUUUGUUGUUGUUUAUUGGAUGAGUCUGAAGAAACACGACAUAUUGGUAAUUUAACAAACACAGCCACAACAUCCUGGUACCUCCUCUUCCUCAUGCUUGUCACCACAGAGGUACCUCCUCUUCCUCAUGCUGGUCACCACCGUGGUACCUCUUCUUCCUCAUGCUGGUCUCACACUGCUGUGGGACGGCAUUCAAGCAGCAUUUGGAAAUAGUCACUAAUAAAGCCGCUCUGUGGGGACCAGUGUUGUCAGCUUGGAGGAUAGAGCUCGAUCCCAGACUCUGGAUGUUGCCCCACACCAUCACACUGCUGCCACCAAAAACCUGCUUCCCUAUCAGUGCAGGAUCGGCGGUGUUCUCCACGUCUGCUCCACACUUUGAUCAUACAGUGUGGCUCCAUUUAAAGGGGAAAUAAACAGAUUUUCAAACGACAGAAGAUUUAGUACCAAGAUGCUUUGUUACAAAACAGAAAUAUCCACCAAACACUCAUUUACUGACUUUUGUUUGCUGAGUUUACUUUAAUCAACACAACCUUAAUUUUUACAAUAUUACAGCUACAGAAAUUUAAUUAAUUCACAUACACAUGAGUGUAUUUUAAAUCCCAUUUAACACAGACUUUAUUUUAUAAUAUUAAAGUUUAUGAUUUUAUUUACCAAACAUUUUAAAACAAUAUGCAGAUUUUUUUUUCUAUUAUAACUUGGAAUAUUGACAGCUUUUUUCUUUCCACGUUUACUUUCUGAAAAUUAAAUGAUGUAGUGAUUUUUUAAUCAGUUUAAUAAACAGGAAUUUUUUUUUUGUCAUAUGUCAGAAUGAUGCUGGCAGAAUUAUUGAUUUGCUUCAGCUUGUUUACGGAUAUUAAUACACAGAUUAGUGUGUGUUGACCUUUACUCCUGGAAUAAGACUGCAUUCCUGAAAUCUACAGUUUUUGUAACAGUGGCCUUAAAUCUGAUCAGAUCUGUUGAACCAGUGUUUGUUCAGGAGAAUCGAAGAACUGAUGAAGAAGUUGAAACCAGACCACCUCUGAUGUAAGAAGCUUCUGUGGAGCUUUUGGAGUUACAUCCGUUUGCAACGUUGAGUGAUCCUGCUUUCAGUCUCAGAUCUCACCUUUAGCUGCCAUAACGCUGAUGAUUCCCAUCUUAUGUACUUCAUAGUGACACAUUUAAUUGUAUAUACGUUUUAAAAAGAUUCUUUUUUUUUUGCCUGUUUUUUGGUAUAAUUUGUAAAUAAAGUUAUAACAUGCGUA